UUUAGAUUGCUUGUUGUUUAUAAUCUAACACUAGGAAAGUAUUGGUAUUAUGCAAACUCUUACAUAGUUUGUUGUGCAUAAGAGGGAUUCAAUAAUAUUCAAUCUACUAACAUCAAAUUCCUAAACAGUGGCUCUGCAAAACCCUACACUUCAUCUUGUUUAAAUUUGUGCCAUGCAUUUUUUUUUUUAUUGAAGUGUCCCUUCAUUGCAAAAUGGAUGAAGAGAGAGAGGAUCUCUCUGGGAAACAACCACUACCAGAUGAUCCUCAGACUGGACCUUUCACUGAUCUAUUGAAAUCCAAAGCAUCAUUCUCCUCAUGCCCCCCUGCCCCUGGUUCAGCCGUUUCUGCCUUGCAAUCUAAAGUCAAAGCAAUGUCCCAGAGAAAGUUAAAGGGGACAGAGAGAGAUUAUCUAUUACCUGAGGGUUCCGCAGAAGAAUCAGUGAAAAAAAACCAAGACGAUGAAACAUAGUCUACUUGUCAAACAGAAUACACCGACCAGAGCAAUAAAUCAAGCACUGAAGAUAAAGAAGUGCUGCAACCCAUCUCUGGGAUGCAAGGAGAAAAUCUGUCUUGCAACAAAAGUGGGAAGGACAGCCCAUCUCAAGGUGCCCCAGAAAUGUCCCGUGGGAUUUGUGAAGGGUCUAGCCUAGAAAACAUUGCAAUGGGUGUAGCUGGUGAACCUCAAGGGGACAUAGCAAUGAAGUCAACGAUGUCUUCUCCCAGGCAUUGGGCUCCUCCCAAGGGCUUUUGGCGAGUGGCACAACCAGAGACGCUACUUCUUAAUUCAGAGAGUUCCUCCACACUGGCGACUCCAAAGGAUGUACCACCCACAACUGAGGAGAGUCCAAAAUGGAAGCCAAAACUAAAGACUGUGGGUGCAGCUGUUCACAAGGAGCUGCAAAGGUCUGACAGCUUGGAAAAUGCUUUUCAUAGGUGUCUACAGAAGGAGACUGCAACAGCAGAUCUGGUUGGUGGGCUGUGGAAGGCAAACAGUUGGGAGACUGUGUGCUCCAGGGGAGGGUCUUUGUCUAUUGCAGAGAAAGUUGAGAUGAACAAGACAUUCCUGAACAAAUACCAAGUUGAUGCUAUCGAGAUCACAACUUCCAUGCGCCCAGAGGGACAGUAUCAACCACCAAAGGAGCCGGACAGAGAUUUACCUCCCUACAAAGUAGAUGACUGGGAGUCAGCAAUCAUCAAAAAGGACCCUGUGUUUAACUAUAGAAUGCUGAUCUCUGCCACUGAAGUAACUCUUAGUCCACGUCAUGAACAAGCAAAGCGUCUGUUAGAAAGAGCUCGAUUCAAAGCACAUUCUCAAAACCAUAAGAGUGAAACCCCCAACUGCCUUGGUCAAAGAGAGGGCCUGGAGGUCUUACCAGUUAAUGUGUCAUCUGCACUACACCGUGCUGUUCUUGUCACGGCUCAAGAGGAGGUUACUUCACCUCUUCAGUCACUGGAUGUCCAGGGCAGGAACUAUGAAUGUGGGUUGCACUCACUUCAGUAUGGCCAGUCGCCCACACGAGUGCGUUUCGAAGACGAGUCAGAAAAGGAGGCUGAGCGACGAUACCUGGAGCGGGUGCGUGAGCGUGGGCCAGUGGCGGCUGAGAAAUCCCACUCCAACCAGCAGCUGAAGGCAGAACCGUUGUACAACAUCCAAGAUGAAAGCAGGGGGGCAGCAAUAAACUGGGUAAACAUUGGUAUUCCUGUGGCCAUAUUAACCAAUGAGGGAGAGUGUUUGGCUGCCAUGGUGCCAGAGGACAAAUUGCUCAGGACAUGUGAAGCAUGUGGAAGCAUCUUGGGACCUGCACAGACCAAAGAUUGUCAUUCCCAGCCAACACAGAGUAUCAUAGAUUCUCAGGAGAAGGCAGUCCCUCAAUGGGUCACCCCUGGUCAGUCAUGUUGCCGAACCAUUCACCCAAACUUCAUGGAAAGUUUAACCUUCACUGGACGCGUCAGCUUGGCAGAAAGUGUAGAGCGGCGAGGUGUAGGAGGUGCAGGUGAGACCAUGUCAGCUUUUGGGAAGCUUCGAAGAAGAAGCAGGAAAGGAGAGAGCAGAGUUGAAAGCAGUUAUGGUCCAUAUGCUCAGAGUCAGGAUCUAUGGGCUCAGAGAAGGAACUCCAAAACCAGGUCAAGUCUAGAGGAUAAAACUACUCGCUCUAAAUUGAAGACGCCUGCACAAGAUGCUACAGAAACCUCAUCGGACCUUGAGAAUAAUGAUAUAUCUAGCAAUGUCAAGGAGUCUUCCCCCCACCUCCCCAUCAAAUCGGCUCUGAAAUCAGGUUUCAAGAGUCGGCCAAUAGGGCAACGGGUGGUCAAACUAAUACCCUCAGUUCAGUACCGCCUAAUUCACCUUGACCACAAGCUGGAUGGGAGCUCUCACCAAGAAAACAUACAACCUGAAGAGCACCUCAGUGUCAAGCUCAGUGCCUCCCCUCAGGGUCAUCCAGUCACCUCAGGACUGACUUUUUGCAACAGACCAUCCUCUCUCAAGUAUUCCUCAUCUGUGCUGACCACAGACCUCCAGGCUUUAACAAUAUGGGACUCUGCAGGCGACCUAGUCACAGGUCAUUUGGCAGGUGAGGGUGUCUGCAGGGAUCCCAGAAGCACUUGCACAGCACCUGUUCCCUCAGAUUGCCACCCAGCUUUGAGAGCCAUGGGUACGCCAAAGCCAGAAGACCUGAGGGCAGAACUUCUGAGUGCAGAUUACCGAAAGGCUGAAAUACAUUGGGAUGACAAUUUAGCUAUGUCUAGGUAAACUAUAUCUUAAGAAGUCCCUUACUUGGAACUCUUGAUCUUGACUAUGGGCUAUAGAUAACUGCAGUUUUUUAUAUAUGUUGACAAUUGCAUUAUAAAGUACACAAAGGUUCCUACAGAGGUGAAACUCACCUGAUGGAAAGUCCUAAGUCCUAGAUGGGUUAAAAUAGCCAAACUGGUAAUAUAGUAUAUGGCAUGACCACAUACGCAAUGCAACCAUAUUAAAUUCUUUCUAUUAUAAUCAUUGGAGUAUCUGCUGUCUACACUGCAAGGAUGCAACUGCAGUUUUGUUGAUUAGUAUGUUGUAUCUGUAGUCAUAUCACUCCACUCCCCUGAUGAAAGGUAAAACAUAGUAUAUAUACAUAUACAUAGUAUCGGUAGUAGUCGUAGUAUUGUUUUGUUUUGCUCGCUUGUGCAAAGCCAACAACCCUAGCAUACAGGAAUUUAGUUUGAAACACUGUUUUAAUUUGAGAAAAGUUCAAAGGAAAGAUUAAUGUGAAAGCUGUCAUGUGCAUAGGUGGAAAUCCUUUAAUAAUUGUGUAAGUAGUAAAACAACAGAAACGGGGCAAAAAUGCAUUUUAAGUUUAGAAACAUUUUGAGUCUCCCCCUCCCUUACCUCACAGUGCUUUCCGGUGAAAAAGAACAGAGAACAAAGUCAAUAGUUGUGGAACUCCAAGCCUGUCAAGGCUAUUUAUAACUUAAACGUUGGAUGAAGUGAUUAUUUUCUCUUUAAUACAGAUGAUGCCAAUGUAUUUUUUGAUGAGUCGCUAUGCUAGCAAUAAUAAAGUUACCUACUUGACGGAAAGGGUUGCCAGGAUUAAAACGUUCCAGGGGCUAAAAUACACAUUAUUGGGGUUGCUUCAACCCGCGGACAUGAAAAACAAACCACAGUAACAGUGAUAAAGUUGCCCAGUUCCACAGGAAAACCGCAGACUUGGCAACACUGUGAUGGAAACAACGGACACAAGCACUGUCGCGACCUAAUUUGGGGGUGGUUUGAGCUCAGUUGCAAUGAAACGGUUUGUGUGAAUGUGAAAGCAGCUAGAACUCUGGUCUACACUUGUUCCAGAAAAAAAGUAACCUGCACAAGUGGUUUAGCCAGUGAUGAUCCAGUUUGGCACAAAUAAACCAGCAUUUAGGUAGAUGUAUUAGGAAGUGCAUCAUUUCUACUAUUAAUGACUCUGACCCUGCCACUAACCAAGAACCUAUUUACCCAAAAAUUACCAACAGUGAGUAAAUAAACCAAAAAAAUGGCCCAACAGCCUGAACCCAGUGACUGGGUUAAAAAACAGCAUUUUUAGAAUUUACUUAACUUUAAGUACAAGAUAAACAUCUUGUAGACAUUUACAGGUUUCAUUAUGGACAUUAUUGAUUCCUUCUCUUAUGUGCAGGAGAGCAGGGGAGCGAGAAGGGCGACCUAAGCUAUCCCUCCAUCGUUUUUUCUCAGCCAUGGGACUGAACAGUAUGGGUAAGCUGGUGAAGGGCAGCCGGUCCAACAGCAUGGAGCACCUGUGUUCCCCUACUGCCCACUACAGUUCUGCCUCCCCACGCCCCACACACAGAGGCCUUGUCCCUCUGAAGAGAACCCCCUCUCUCCAGUCUCUCCACACAGAAUCUCCUUUGGCUCAGUUACGUAAAGCAUCUUCUGUCCAGAGUCUACAGUCCCCAAAGAGGAAGUUUGAACGUUCCAUUAUUUUAGGAGAGUUACCACUGCUGAGUUUGGCACCGAGGGAGCUUCAGACAGAAGAGAACAUAGAGUCAUUAGAGGAUUCUCGAGGAGCAGGUCCACUUGGGCGACUGGUACAGGCCUUUCCUGAUGGGACUUUACUGAUAGAACUUACCAGACCUUCCAACAAUGGACCCUUUGGCUUUGUCAUCUCCAGGGGCAAAGGAAGACCUGACUCAGGUAUAUAUGUGGAACGGGUCGCAGACGCUUCCACAGAGAAUAUCUACACUGGACUCCUGGGUGUUGGAGAUGAGAUUCUAGAAGUCAAUGGGGAAAUCGUUGCUGGACUGACCCUAGAUCAGGUUACACGCCUCAUGACCCGUGAUAGCAAAGCCACGAUCCGGAUUCGUCCACAUUCCUGGAUCAAGCACUGAUACAAAUUAUGGACAAAAUGCGGAAGAUGGAAUUAUGAAGAUAAGAUCACAUAUAAGGGAAACUUUACAAAGCACUUUUAGACACCCAGACAGUACACGUUUGGCUGCAGGAUGUCUGUUAAAGAUCGCUUCAUCUGGAAAACAUCUGCUGUGUACAUAUAUCUGAUAAAUCUUUAAGACGUCGGUUUUACAUACAUUCUAAAUAAUAAACAUUGUAAAGACAUCUUUCUAAAUGGCUAUUUAACAUCUGACAGGAAACAUUCUACAGACAUGUUGCAGAUGAGCAAACAUUCUAAAAAAUAUGUCUUCCAGAUGUAAACAUGCACAUCAAACAAGAUGUACAUGUGCUGUCAGGGCAGUAUUGUUCUCUAGUCAAGAAAUCUAGAGAGAAAUAAAAAACAUCUAAGACUUGUGGGUUUAAAAAAAUGUGUUUGUGCUUUUUUAAUAAUUGUAAUAAUUCAUGUUGUAGAUGUAAUGGAUGG